CUAAAUUGUCAACCGCCGCACAAGCGUCAGAUCUGAUCGCGGACCAUUCCCCACAAGUCGCCAAACAAGCACCGCGAUAUAUACCGAGAGCUUCCCUCUAGCUUAAGCCUCAACGUUCCGCCAAGCUGGACAAAUCGCUGUCCUGCAUCUCAUCUCCGUCUCGAUGGAGGAUGCGCCGCUUGCUGUACAUGUCGAGUUCAACAGCACGCUGGGAGCGGCGUUCCUCGGGCACUUUGUGACUGCCAUCUUGUACGGCAUUACAAGCCUGCAGACUUACCUCUACUUCAAGUGGCACCACACGGACCCGCCACUGCUCAAAUAUCUAGUCUUCGUCUUAUGGAUCUUUGACAGCUUACACGUUUCGCUCAUUACGUACUCGAUGUACUUCUACAUGGUAACAAACUAUGCCGAUCCUUUCAUAGUUGAGAGGCCAGUCUGGAGUAUCAUGGCAAUGAUAAUGGUGUCGAAUGUCAGCAAUAUCAUUGUGCGAGGAGUUUUCAGUCACCGCUUAUGGAAACUCAGCGGAAGAUCUCUUAUCUUUCCGCUCUCCGUCGGUGUAUUAUCUCUGUAUGUUGCGGGCGAUGGUUUUUACUUCGCCAUCAGGGGCCUGCAAAGCGCUUCAUACCAAGAUGUCCACCACUUCUCGUGGAGCCUAUACGUCGGAUUUGCAUUUGAAGUGGUCGUAGACGGCACGAUCACCGUGUCUCAGUGUCUACUGCUGCGGCGCUUGCGAACUGGUAUCAGAAGAACGGACUCUGUUAUAUCAGUCCUCAUGCUGUACAGCAUCAAUACUGGUUUGUUCCCCAGCGUAUGCGCACUCUUGUGUCUCAUCACGUUCACCGUCCUUCCUCACAUGUUCGUUUAUUUCGCUUUCUACUUUGUCCUCAGCAAAUUCUACGUAAACUCACUCCUUGCCAACCUCAACGCGCGCACAACAAUCCUUGAGCCCAUAUCUCCGCGGGCGGGAGAAAGACACUGCAACAACAUCAAACUUCCUUAUUCCGUUUCAUCUGGCACUUGCGAGGCGGACCCUGCCUCUGCACAGUUCUCUACUGUUGUCGACCCACUCAUGUCAACAUCGAACAUGCCUCGCAUCUCGGUCGCCGAAAUGUCUCAAAGCGUUCACUGAGUCUCAGUCUCAACAGCAUACAUCAACGUAACACUUGCGGACAGAAUGCAUCUCGGCCUUCGUCAGAUGUAGCGGUUCCACCCAUCAACAGCACGUCUGUGACUAUACCCAUCAGGGCAUCUCCAGUGGAUGUGACGGUCGAGUUCAUACCACAGACCUUUGCUAUCCGCUCCAUCAUUGAAUUGGUUUCUAUGCCCAAACAAUAUGCAGUUAUACAUAUGUAUCCCCAUCAGCAUUGCCGACAUUCGUUCUCUUUCAUCAAAGUGUAUUAUCAUAGUGCAGCAUGUAUUGUAAACACAUAUUUAUCAGUGC